AUGACGAAUAACGGUGUAUAUUCAAAUGAACCACGGCCACGUUUAUGUCAUCUUCGUCGAUGGCCUGAUUUUACUGGUUAUGGUUUUAAUUUACAUUGUGAGAAAGCUAAACCAGGUCAAUUUAUUGGUAAAGUGGAUCAAAAUUCACCAGCUUCAUCAGCUGGUUUACGUGAGAAUGAUCGUAUAAUUGAAGUUAAUUAUGUUCCAAUUGGAAAUGAAAAUCAUAAACAAGUUGUGGCAAGAAUAAAAGAAGGUGUCUCAAGAAAUGGUGUAAAAUAUCCAGAUGAAGUUAUUUUAUUAGUACUUGAUCCAGAUGCAGAUGAGUUUUAUAAGAAUAAAACAGGUGUUGUACGAAGUUCAGAUGCAAAUGUUGAUAAAUUGGAAACUGAAAUACGAAAUGGAUCAGAAAAUGGUGAUAUUUCACCUCAAUCAUCUAAUAGAAGUAGUGGUAAAGUAGAUUCACCUAUUAUCAGACAAACACCGCCGUCAUCUCGAACAAAACCAAAUGAAUUUGAUCGAGAUUAUAAACAUGUUACGGAUUUUACUGGUCCAACAAUUACACAACAUACGAAAAAUGCUGAGUCACCUGCAAUAUCACGCACAUCUGACCGAGAUUAUCGAAAUGAUGAUAAUACUUAUCUUCCAUCAUCUCCUCCUAUUUCUGAAAAAGAUAAACGUAAAGAAAUAUCUCCAAGUAAUAUGUAUACAAAUACAAGUUCAUCACCAAAAUCUCCUGCACGUGAUUCUUAUGCUAAAUCUGACAGUACUAGUCCACCUCGAAUAUCACCCAGCAAUGGUUCAGCUAGUGUAUUGGAAUUAGCUAUGUCAGCAGCUGAAUAUCGAGAAAAAUUAAAAGAAAAAAGUGCUCGUAAACGUGAUCCACGACAAGAUCAACAAAUGUCUAUGAAACAAAAACAUGAUUUUAUUGAUCGUUUGUAA